GCUUCUUCUUCAUAGGCGGCUUGGAAGGAAAGCUAGCCUAUUCAUCUUCCCAUCCUUUUAAAGUAGCUUUAGCGUCUUUUUUAUUCUUAAACCCUCCGAAUGCCGUAGAUUGUCCGAACGUCUCACACAGAUACAACAUUUCAGACAUUUUAAAACUUAGAUUCAUAGAGCGUCGUGAUUAUUUGAGGAUCUUGAGGCCGCGGGAGCUGUAGAUAACGUUACCGCAGACAAGGCUAACGUUAGUCAGCCGCAUUCAGACACCAGCAUCACUUUAACAUGGACCAACACGACUCGACGUUUGGAGUUCAGCUCUUCAUUUAUGACCUGUCGAGAGGAAUGGCACGACAGCUCAGCCCGAUAAUGCUGGGAAAGCAGCUUGAUGGGAUUUGGCACACGUCUAUAGUAGUCUAUGGUGAGGAAUUCUUCUAUGGUGGUGCUGGGAUCUCUAGUUGCCCACCGGGCGGGACGAUGCUUGGACCUCCAGACACAGUGGUGGAGCUAGGAAAUACAGAAGUGACGGAAGAGAUCUUUAUGGAUUAUCUAUCCUCACUUGGAGAGACAACAUACAGUGGUGACAAGUAUAGAUUGUUUGAACACAACUGUAACACGUUCACUAAUGAGGUGGCCCAGUUUCUCACUGGCAAUAAAAUACCCUCCUAUAUCACCGAUCUGCCCUCUGAAGUGCUCUCCACGCCAUUUGGUCAGGUGUUGCGGCCAAUCCUGGACUCGAUACAUAUUGCUCCUCCAGGCGGAAAUGUGAUCAGCAGCCAAAAUAAUCACAGUUAGAUCAGUUUUGUAAUCUCACACUCGCAAACACAUGCAAUAAUUCACACAUAGGCUGUUUACACACACACACACACACACACACACACAUGCCCUGUUGUAAAUUAGGUUGGCUCAAAAAACCUAAUGAACAACAUCCAUUUUGAUUCCAAAUUCACAGUUUCUCAAAUAUUUUGAGGCCGUGUUUCAGGUCAUCUUUCCAGAUCAUGUAUGGGUUCAUAUUUUUUUCAGUGUUGAGUUCUUGGUUUCUAUGGUUUUCAUUUCAUCGUCUAUCUUUAUUUUGUAUAUCUUCAGCCCACCACAUGCAAAGGUCAGUUGUUGUUUGUUGAUGACAAUCCAACUUUUGUUUUCCUCUGUUGCUAGUUUUGAUUUAAUCAUUUCAUGUUGUUUCUUCCACCAAUAUUUAUGUGGCAAGCCAAAAUAAUAUUAAGAUUAUCUUCAUAUUUAUUUAUGAGCAUAAUAAUUUUUGUGUAAGUUUGUGGAAAACUAGCACAUGUAAUAUAGUUUGUGUAAUUUAGUUCCUGCAGCUCUAAAGAUCUCAUGACCUGCUCAGAUUCACAGAGAAAUACAGUAUGUAUCGGUGCCUUUGCCAUGGCAGCUUGGGCACAAGUGACAUUUUUAUCUAUGUAGUACUAAAGUCAAAUUAUUUAUACAUCUUAUGCUUAAGAUAGAUGUUGUGUCCUCCAUAUAUUUACCCAGCUAAAUGCUUUUCUCUAUGCUGAUUUGCAUUCAUGAAAGUGAAGUUUACUGUUACCAGUGUUAUAUGGUUGAAUGUGUCUUUGUUAUGUGGUAUUUAUUAACAUAUUACUUUAUUUAUUCUGCACAAAUGAUCAUUUAAGAAAUGUUCAGAAAUGUUUGAUGAAAGACUAAAUUAUUUUGUGUUUGUGAUAUUUUUCUCAUUAUCAAAAUGUGGAUGCAAACCUUAAACUGCAUUGACUGUUUUAAGCUUUAUCCUCAUGUUUUAAUGGAAGUCACCUCAUUAAAGAACCAGCACUGCGUCUACGUAAAGAAA